AUGAAAAUCAUACUUUGGAACUGUCGGGGGUUGGGGCACCCUCGCACAGUUCAUGCGUUGCUCCGGAUGGUGCAACAUCAUUCCCCUGAUAUUCUCUUUCUCUCUGAAACCCGUCUCUCUUCUUCCUCCUCUGAACGUCUCCGCCUCAAAUUGCAAUUUAACUUCUGCUUUCCUGUUUUACGCUCUGGAUUGGGUGGUGGUUUGUUGGUCAUGUGGAAUGCCAGCUGCCCUUUGACAGUGUCCUCUUUCUCCUCUUCCCACAUUGAUACUGUAAUUAAUUUACAGGAUGCUCUUUCCUGGAGAUUCACCGGAAUUUAUGGUUCUCCUUCUACUGGUUCUCGUCCGGCUUUCUGGUCUCUUUUGCGGCGGUUAGCUGCUGCCUCUAGUCUUCCCUGGGUUUGCGGAGGGGACUUUAAUGAAAUCUUAUCAAACUCUGAAAUUGCUGGUAGUAAUGGCAGGGCUGAAUACUUGAUGCAGAAUUUUCGAGAUGCUUUACAGGAUUGUGCUCUUUGUGAUAUUGGUUAUUCUGGCUACUCCUUUACCUGGUCUAACAAUCGCAGUGGGACUGCCUUGGUCGAGGAACGCCUGGAUAGAGUUGUUUCGUCGGAUUCCUGGAGUCAACAAUUUUUGGGCGCUUAUUUGCGCCAUCUGGCUUCCCCAGCCUCGGAUCAUUCUCCUUUAUUGCUCACUAUCUCCAGAGGUCCUACUAUUUCUAACAGAUCCUGCCGCUUCCAUUUUGAGGAAUUUUGGUGUAAAAUUCCAGAGUGUGAAUCUAUCAUUAAGAAUUCUUGGAUGAGGAUGACCACUCUAUAA